AUGGCCAACAGGGAGGCACGAGGCAAAGACGAGGUUGGCGCUCGACGCAAGCGUCUCUCCGUUGGCUGCCGUUGUUGAGACGAUCUGUCGACGAAGUCGCCGGCCAGAGGAGGCAUGGCGCAGAGGCCACCACCAUCAGCAAUACACUUUCACGAACAAGCAGCAGCAGCGGCAGCGACGAUAGUCGUCGUUGGGCCGGAAACGCGCGUUCAUUUUCCCCCAAGCGUUUUAACCAACAACGCCGUUGGACUUCAGGGCAGCACUUUCCCUCCUGCGGUCAUUUUCCCUGCCCUAUCGCCUCUGUGGCUGACCUGUCUGCUGCCGUUCGACAACUCUAGCGUUUCGCACUAUGUCCUGCAACCGACGACGUUGGACAUGCACGCAGCCGGAGGUUACGGUACCGCCGGAACGGGUGCCGGAGGAGGUGGGGGAGGUGGCGGCGGUGGCGGCGGCGGCGGAGGUACCUCAUCCGCUGUCAGUUCUGAUUCGCCGCUGUGCUUCUAUCAGGCGGCAUCGAUGAGCCAGGCAGCGGCAGCUGCCGCGUACGGCGCUGCCGCCGCCGCUGCUGCUUCCAGCCAUGCAUCACCCCCCUCAGCCGUGACCACUAACCACAUGCUAGCCGCCGCCGCAGCCCAUCACCGCCCCGAUCUGAUUGGCACCGUAACCGACAGUCAGCUGAAGAGAGACAAGGACGCGGUGCUCAGCCACCCGCUCUUCCCCCUGUUGACGCUGAUCUUUGAAAAAUGCGAACUGGCUACUUGCACCCCCCGCGAAGCUGGCGCUUCCGGCGGCGACGUCUGUUCAUCGGAGAGUUUCAACGAGGACGUCGCGCUCUUCUCCAAACAGAGGCGGUCGGCGUCCACCGAAAACAUAGUGUACUUACUUACUUGCUUACGUUUUGAAGUCAGGCAACAGCCAUCUUCUUCGGUCGUCAUUCCUCUUUUGCCCAUUGCCUCCUUCGUCGAAACACCACCUCAUGCGGAACGAUCAGCCAUAUUAUACGGCGAACGCCGAGCUGGACACGUUGGUAAGUCGACUCGUGUUUCGUCCUUUGGUGUUCCAGUGCGCUCAAUUGCCGCGGUUUGCACAAUUUCUCAAACGGUGGCCAUGCGGUAUUUUGUAGUGUUUGAGGUGGACGUUUGUUUGGAAGCGGGGGGGGGGCUGCAUUCGGUGGCAUUCGUCACUGUCGCCAAAGUAGCAAUGUCUCACAAGUGGGGUAUCGUUAACGUCUGA